CGCCUUGCUUCGGACCUACUUGAUCGCUGCCUCACCUCACUCACUCACUCCUCUCCGUCUCUCUCGCCGAGUGAGCUUGCGGUUCUUGCCACGCACGCUUCCACCACACAUACCUGACCAUAUAUGCCCACCAGGCAACGAUCCAUCGGGAGGAAGCAACCGCCGUCGAUCAUACCGAUCGCCAUUACAUAGACCGGCAUUGCCUAGCUCGUCAGUAUAGCUAGCUACGAGGCCAGCAGCUGCCGCGCGACGGGAUCGAUAGAAUGGGGCGUCCAUUGUCCGGCGGCGUGGGGCAGCCCAAGCUCCGCAAGGGGCUGUGGUCGCCCGAGGAGGACGAGACCAGGCUCGCCGGGCUGAACCGUUGCGGCAAGAGCUGCCGCCUCCGGUGGAUCAACUACCUCCGCGCCGACCUCAAGCGCGGCUGCUUCUCGCAGCAGGAGGAGGACCACAUCGUCGCGCUCCACCACAUCCUCGGCAACAGGUGGUCUCAGAUCGCGUCGCACCUGCCGGGCCGGACGGACAACGAGAUCAAGAACUUCUGGAACAGCUGCAUCAAGAAGAAGCUCCGGCAGCAAGGCCUCGACCCGGCCACGCACAAACCCAUGGCCGCCGCCUUCACGGCCACGGCGGCAUUGCCGGACGCGGAAGAGGAAGACCGCAAGCCCCUUGCCGCGGGUGCGGACGGCAUCCUCGCUCCGAAGCAGCCGACGGUGUUCCACCCGUUCCCGGUGUGCGCCGACUACGGCGCUGGGUUCGCCGACUACCUCGGCGCGGCGAACGCGGCGGCAUUGUAUGGCCAGUUCUGCGGUGGAAACGAGGGCGCGGACGAAGACGCCGGGUUCGGCGCCGCAGACUACAGCUGCGUGCUGGACGUGUCGGAGAACCUGGGCUACGGGGAGAGCUCCAGCAACAGCAGCAACCGGAACUACGGCGGUGAGGUGGGCAGCAUGCUCGACGGCGAGGUGGGAAGCAUGCUCGAUGGCGAGGUGCUACACUGGGCCAAGGCGGAGCCGGCCUUCGCGGAGAUGGAGUAUGAGUUCUCGCUGCCAUGCCAAGAGCAGAGCCUCCUCCCAAAUUUCGAGUUCAACUUGGAACACUACUUCUGACAUUUUUUUCCCUUUUUCAUUUAAAAAAUAUAUAGUAAAAUGUCCAUGCGUUGCUA